AUGGAUGUUGAUGGAUUAAAGAUUAAUAUACAUCCGAAUGUAUAUUCUCCAUUCUACUUCCCAGAGUCAGCUUGGUACUCUAGACAAUUGUUACAAUUGGUUAAACCUGGAGACCGAUUCCUAGAGGUUGGCAUUGGCAGUGGUAUCACCACUGUCUACAUGUCAAGAGCUGGUGCCAAGACAACUGGAGUUGACAUUAACCCCGAUGCAGUAGAGACCACCAAACUCAACUUGAGCCAGAACAACCUAUCUGGACUUGUAUUAGAGAGUGAUGUAUUCAAUGCCUUGCCUGAGGGUAGCAAAUUCGAGUGGAUUUACUGGAACCAUCCAUGGCAGAACAACCCCAAUGUGAUCAAGGAGUUGCAAACGGAGAAGACCUUGGACCCAGGCUACCAACUACUAUCAAGAUACAUCAAAGAGUCGGAGAGAUACUUGUCAGAGACCGGAAGGAUUGUGAUUGGUACCAGCAACUGUAGCAACUUACAAGAAGUCAAUUCUUUGGCUCAGAAUCUUGGAUAUUCCACCAAGAGACUACUACGAGGUAGUGAGGAGCUUGCUGACAAUGUUAUGGAGAAAUACUAUAUCAUGGAAUUCAUCAAGAACAAGAAAGAAGAGAGUGGAAAUAUGAGUGUCUAG